GACAGCUUCCCUGCCCGUUUUGGAGGAGUCCAUUUUGUCAACCAGCCCUGGUACAUCCAUGCCCUGUACACACUAAUCAAACCGUUCCUCAAAGACAAGACAAGGAAAAGGAUCUUUCUUCAUGGUAACAACCUGAACAGUCUUCACCAGCUAAUACACCCUGAAUGCCUGCCCUCUGAAUUCGGGGGGACUCUUCCUCCAUACGACAUGGGGACGUGGGCUCGAACAUUACUCGGUCCUGACUACAGUGAUGAAAAUGAGUACACCCACACCUCCUACAACGCCAUGCACGUGAAGCAUGCGUCCUCCAACCUGGAGCGGGAGGCCUCGCCCAAACCCAUGAAAAG